AAAUUUUCUGCGCUUCACCAACAACUACCAAAGCAUCCUACACGUUCUAAAACGUGAAAAGUCGCAGAAAUGUUGAUCCUUACAGAGACUGCGGCCGGUUAUGCCGUCUUUAAGGCAAAAGAUAAAUUGCUGAAAAAACGUGAAGCCUUAGUCGACGACUUAAAAACAGCCGAAGGUGCUUCAAAUCUCUUAAAAUUGCAAUCAUUUGCAAAGUUCGAAAGUACCGUGGAUGCCCUCGACAAUGUUUCCGCUCUCAUUGAGGGUAAGGUUUCUCCUAAGCUUUCAACUCUCUUGAAGGACUUAUCAGACAAAAAGAGUGAUAUGCUUGUUGUGGCUGACCCCAAACUUGGUAAUGCUAUUAACAAGCUGCCUGGUCUUGAGUUUGAGGUUUUAUCCGACUCUUCCGUCCAGGAUUUGUAUCGUGGUAUUCGUGAGCAUUUGUCUUCUUUAAUUGCUGGCUUGGCUCCCACCGAUCUCAAUGCUAUGUCAUUGGGUCUUUCUCAUUCCCUUUCUCGUCAUAAGCUCAAGUUCUCUCCCGACAAGGUUGACACAAUGAUCGUCCAGGCAAUCGCUCUCCUUGAUGACCUUGACAAAGAGUUGAAUACUUAUGCUAUGCGCGUUCGUGAAUGGUACGGCUGGCAUUUCCCUGAAAUGGGCAAAAUUGUUCAGGAUCACUUGGCAUAUGCCCGCGUCAUCAAGACUAUGGGUAUGCGUACCAAAUGCUCUGCUACCGAUUUCAGCGAUGUCCUUCCCGAAGAAGUUGAGGCUACCUUGAAAAGUGCUGCCGAAAUUUCGAUGGGUACCGAAAUCACUGAAGAAGAUUUGGAAAACAUUAGCAUCUUGGCUAAUCAAGUUCUCGAAUUGGCAGCUUAUAGAGCACAAUUAUCGGAAUAUCUCCGCAACAGAAUGCAUGCGAUUGCUCCGAACUUGACUGCUCUUGUCGGUGAACUCGUUGGUGCUCGUUUGAUUGCUCACGCUGGUUCUUUAAUGAAUUUAGCUAAACAACCUGCUUCCACCCUCCAAAUUUUGGGUGCCGAAAAGGCUCUUUUCCGUGCCUUGAAAACCAAGCAUAGUACUCCUAAAUACGGUUUGAUUUACCAUGCUAGCUUAGUUGGUCAAGCUAACUCUAAAAACAAGGGUAAAAUUGCUAGAGUGUUGGCCACCAAGGCUGCCUUAUCCCUUCGUGUUGAUGCUUUGACUGACAAGUCUGUGGUUGAUGGUAAUGUUGGUUUAGAGAAUCGCAUUCGUGUUGAAAACCGUCUCCGCUCUCUUGAAGGUGGUCAGCUCUUACCUUUGCCCACCGCUUCGGUUCAACAACAAAAACAUGAGAUUAGUGGUGGUGCCGCUUACAACCCCGCCACUGAUACUGUUGUUACUGCCGAUGACGCUGAGAAGAAAGAAGAGAGUGAAAGUGAGGAAGAAAAACCCAAGGAAGACAAAGAGUCCAAAAAGAAAAAGAAAAAGUCUUCUAAGAGUAAGGAUGUUGAUGAGUCAUCAGAAAGCAAAAAGGAUAAGAAAAAGAAGAGAAAAUCUGAAGACGGAGAAGAAGCAUCUGGAGAGAAAAAGAAGAAAAAAUCCAAGAAGUCUAAGUCUUAAAUUGAGUAGAACUUUUCUUGAUUCUUCAAGGAAUGCUGCUUUAAAGGUCUUCCCCUUUAUCAUAUAUGCAAACAUUCAUAUACUAAUGGGUUCAAUUGUAUGAAUGAUUUGAAAUUGGGAAAUCGUGAUUUUGUCAUGCACCUUAAUGAUGAGGCGCUGAAUUUUGUUGAUUGAUUUCUCCCUAUUUAAACAGUUUUCUUGGAUUUUGUCUUCGUUUAUUUCUUGCGUCCUAGGUUUAUAAAUAAUUUCUGUUGUUUACCAAAAGUAGGGUUCAAUACAUAAGGUUUAUUAGAAACAGUAACACGUUAUAAAAUUUAAUUCAUUUAGACUAUGAUUCGUAUAUCAGGCGUCGAAAUAAAUUAGGAUAAUUGAUUUGGCAAUGGAGUAAGUGGAUUAAAAAAUUUUUUUUU